GCAGUGGCCAGUACAUUUCGGAGUGCACGUGAAUGAGUUCUAUUAGUUAGUCAAUAGUUAAUUAACAAUGGAAGAAAUUUUUUCAAGUCGCGAUAAAGACAUUAAUGAGCUCAUAAAUUUUGCCACAAAAACGAAAAAUAAAUUGAAUGAAAUGGUGUUGAAUAUGGGGUGGAGCGAGAGGAGCAUUACAGACAUUUCGCCCCCAUUAGUUUGUCCCUUCGACUCCUCGCACCGAUUGCACCCUAAAAGCGUGGAAAAACACAUUGAAAAUUGUCUCUGGAAAGCUGAAGGAUACAGCAGAGACGAUCUACCUUUAUCGCUGCCUUCAGUUCCGCCUGACGCAUCUACUUGUAUAAAACUCGAUGAAAAAACUAUAGCAGAAAUUCUCCGGCAUUCGAAACCCCCCGAUGCACCUCCCAGAGAAGGUGUGGACUGCCGGUUGAUUCCCCGCACCUCAGACAGACUCCUGACUGAUUUCACUCCUGAGGAGCGAAGAAUACUCUACGACUACGUGGUAUCGCACACAGAGCAGCCAGACAUAGGGGAAGACAUUGCUGAUCUCAAUAAAACAAAUCGAGAUGAAGCCAAUAAAACGUCGUCCUAUUUGGAGCUACUAGCUCAGGAAAGGAAUUUGAAGAGAAGAAGAGUUAAACAUCGUGGGGUGCACACAAAUAAAAAAUCACAGACUGAAAUAAUGCGAGAGGUGAUUAAUCAGCAGAUGGAGAUGUUGGCUGAGUAUCUCGUCGAGAAAAAUCAGUCCAAUAAAGUCACAUCGGAUGCAGAAGGCGAGAGAGACGUGAGAAAUGGAGUAGAACCCCUGAGGGAGGAUAAAAGGGACUCGAGGAAUAGAAAUAAUUCCAGAGACGAGCGAAAUUCGUCGAGGGAUUUUAGGAGAGAGUCUCGUGAUUUUGCUUCUUGUGGCGAUAUAAAAAGCCAUUCUAAACACUCGAAGUCUUCGAGGAGUCGUCGACAUUCAGAGGAACGAAAGAAGCAUAAAAAACACGAGAGACAUCGAUCGAGAGAUAGAGAAAAGCACAAAUUGAAAUCCAGAAAGCGAUCUCGAAGUCGAGAAGACAAAAACUCGAGAAAACGAAGAAGAAGUCCAUGAGAACUUGAAUUUUUUGUAUAUAUGAAGCUUGAGAAUUCCAAAAAUCUAAUGAAGGAAAUGUAAAAAAAAUCUGCAGAGGUGUGAAUAAAUGAAUUUCGUCGAUUAUUAUUUUUAA